GCCGGCCAUCUCCACCGCCAGCCCGGCCUGUCCAGCUGAACCAAAACACAAGCUCAAACCCCGAAUCUCCUCCAAAUAUCAACCCUUUUUAACCCCUUCACGAUGGAUCUGCGGGCGGUUUGGGCGACGGUGUUGUGCCUGAGUGCGGGCGUGAUUGGUACAGUGCCGGAAGAGCAAUGCCAUACGUUCGCGGGCGGUGCAGUUUACCCAAAUACAGAAGGCAGGGCUUCGGGACACAGUCUGCAGUGGACGAAAGCCAUGAUCAGCAAACCGGCCCCGGAGUGGGAAGGCACUGCGGUCAUCGAUGGAGAGUUCCGUGAGCUCAAGCUGACGGACUUCAGGGGGAAAUACCUAGUCUUCUUCUUCUACCCCUUAGAUUUUACAUUUGUCUGCCCAACGGAGAUCCUGGCCUUUAAUGACCGCGUUGAGGAGUUCCGCAAGAUGAACGCGGAGGUCGUGGCCUGCUCCAUAGACUCUCACUUUACCCAUCUUGCCUGGACUAACACACCACGCAAGGAUGGUGGUCUUGGCAAGCUGAAGAUCCCACUGCUCUCCGACAUCACUCAUAAGAUCUCACGGGACUAUGGUGUGCACCUGGAGGACCAAGGCAUCGCCCUCAGGGGCCUGUUCAUCAUUGACGACAAGGGAGUGCUGCGGCAGAUCACCAUGAAUGACCUCCCUGUGGGCCGGUCUGUGGACGAGACCCUGCGGCUGGUGCAGGCCUUCCAGUUCACAGACCAGCACGGGGAAGUCUGCCCAGCUGGAUGGAAGCCUGGGGAUGACACGAUCAUCCCCAACCCAGAAGAGAAACUCAAAUACUUCAAGAAAGCCAACCAGUAGGGCCAGUCCAGCUGUUGCAUGGGGUUGCCAAACAUGCUUGUGGUGGAAGAGGGAGCCGAGAGAAGCCUAGAAGAAAAAGUGUGAAGGGGAAGCAAAAUAAAGAGAAAUCAUAUGGAGAAGUGGAAAGCAGUGGGCUCCUCCAAUGCCAUGUGAAAUCAAGUGGAUUCGGGUAUAGCGGUGACCAUCACUUCUUUAAAAGUGUUUUGCAGAUGCAUUUUUUGAGGAUGUACAAAACCCGGUGAUGGGAAUAUGGGACUCAGUAUGCCAUGAGGAAGUUCGAUGUGGAAGUGAUUUGUUAUUGUUUUUUGAUUGGUUGUUUGUUUUUGAUGAAUUUGUUGAUAUAUCUGGGUUGAUGAUGACUGGUGAUGUUUUUGCAUACAUGUAUUUGAUUUUUGUUUUGAUGUGUGAAUAAAGCUUUAUUUUUUCAUAAAUAUUUAAAUGUGUUCAAAAGCAAGACAGUAAUGUUUAUUACAUUCCUAGUGCAAUUAAACAUGUGAAAAUCAGCAAAAAUGCCAGACUUUGACUCCAUAUUGGUUUUGUUAUACAUUCCAAUCCAAAAAAAAAAAAAAAAGUAUACGCAUUUUGCCAUUUCAGUUUCAUUGUAAUGUGUAUAACUUAUUUUCCAUUACCAUAGUGCAGUGUAAUCACCAUUGUUCAUAACCCUUUUGAAUGUACACAAAUAAAACUGAAUUGAUAAAUAACUAAUCUUUGUCCAGGAGUUGUGAAAUUUACCCAUAAUCUCUGUUGCAACUAAUAAUUCACAAUUCCGCACAGCACCCCACAACAGGUAGUUCACACAUGUCUGUUGUAGAUGUUAAUCAUCAUUGGCCAUGCACUGACAAGGCCAAGGAGCUUAUGUGAAGUGAUUUGUCAAAAUUGAUUAAAGCAGAGUGAACAGA